AUGGAAGAAGGCAAAACGUCAGCAUACUUUGUAGCCGACACUAUGGUGACAGCUGAAAUGAAAGACCACGAACCAGAUAACACAACAGCGGACAGAAUUCCAGGUAUGUCAGGUGUAGUAGCUGUGUUCACGUUCAUUUACUGGCUGCUUGCUCUAUCUAUCGUCUUGUCCAACUCUCUCACAAUCCUAGUGGUCUGGCGCUCUCCUUCACUGAGGACCAUUCCCAAUAUGUACAUCAUCGCCUUAGCCGUGGCCGACAUGUUUACCGGACUCAGCGUACCUUUCUUCACGCUGACCGACUUCCCUUCCAUGAUGGUCUAUCUGGCCACAAGACCUUACCUGUGUCUGGCACGAUAUCUUCUCAUCUAUACCUUUCUCUCGAAUUCCUUUCUAUGCAUAUUCUGCAUAGCUUUGGACCGGUUUGUGUUCUUAGUGUAUCCACUGCGAUACCAGCGAAUCUUCACCAUCCGGAAGACUGGCUUCAUCAUCCUUUCAACGUGGGUAGUAUCUCUGUGGGUAGGUCUUUCUACGCUAUGGAACAUGAACUGGCAAGGCAAGUGUGAGUUCUACAGCAUCCUCUGCAGAAGGUAUCAACUGUACUUCCUCGUUCCGUACAUGGGCGCGAUCAUGCUGCUGACUGCAGCGCUGUAUAUCGGCAUCACCAGGGUCGCGCUGAGACAGAGAAACGCGGUGUCCAGUCUGAUCAUCAUAGAGCGUGUUAAAGAAGACUUCCUCAAACGGACUGUCAUUCGGUCCGCGAGGCUCUUUCUGGUCGUGUACGGGAUGUUUGUCCUGUGUUGGAGUCCGGCGUACGUCUUCACGAUUCUUGGACUGACGGUUGGUACAGAGCCUCUGGUCUUUCGGGUGUGCCUCACACUGGGGAUAGCCAAUUCGGGAAUCAACUUUAUUAUUUAUGCCUGCAUGAGCAAAGAAUUCAGAAAAGCAUUUAAAGGUUUGGUUCGUGGAAAAUGCAGUGUGUGUAAUUUAUGGAAAGGCAUUUAA